CCCUUCGAUUACGGUUGAUAGUUUAAAUAUUUAUACCUCCUGAAAGUAAUCGAACGUGUCUGCAAUUUUUAAUUGCAGGCCUUUUUUGAAUAACAGUGAGAACAGAUAUGAUACUUCUUUACUUUUGGGUUUACACCAAUAGGCAAUGACAAUAGCCGGGCAACUGUUCAAACAAACCGCUACAAAGUCAGACGCGCUCUUGCAACAGUGUAACGUGGAUACAGCUAACAAAAUGUACACCCUAAUUUUUUUACUUUUGAUUCUACGAGCAUGUGCCGCUCAAGUAACGACCUACGAAACGGACAUGAAUUUCCGCGUAGAGCCAGGCGAUAGAACGUGCUUCUUCGAGAAUGGGAAAGCCGGUCAGAUUCUCGAGGCUUCGUACCAAGUGAUCGACGGACAACACGGAGAUCUGGACAUAUCGUUCGAUAUCGUGGCGCCCGAUGGGCGAGUACUAGCUUCAGACUACAAGCAGCCCUACAACUCGCUUAUAAUGGAGUUGGAGCAGGACGGGGACUAUGUGUUCUGCCUGGACAAUACAUUCAGCGUGAUGAACUCAAAGUUAGUGUUUGUGUAUGUGAUGAUAGAGGAUCAAGUAGAGAAAGAAAAGGCAAUUGAGAAAGCAGCAGAAGCCGGAGUUAGCGUAGACCUCGAAAAAAAAGAAGUCCUAGAGUGGACGGGCACAUUGCCGAACGGGGAGGUUUACUACAUGGAGGUGGCGCAUAUUUCUGAUUCGCUCACGCGCACCCUGAAGCACGUAGUGCGCGCGCGCCAUCUGUUGGACAUCUACGGAGCGAGCAAGUCGCGCGACACCUACGCGGCGUUCGAGGACACCUUCAUCGUUGACCUGUGGUCCGCCUUCCAGAUCACCUUCAUGUGUGCCGUCGGAACGCUUCAAGUUUACAUGAUAAAGAAACUGUUCAAUAGGUCUACUAAAAUUGUAAAAAACUUCUAUUAGGUAUGUGUGUAUUUGUAAGCAUAUUAUUUAAAAUACAGCCAAGAAAUACUUUAAUAAAAAAAUAACCUUUCGAAAAUCGGUUGUCACGCCCAG